CGUUGACUGACAAUUUCAUAGGGUAGACAUGGCUACGCUUCAAUCCGCCCGCGGUGUCUUCACCGCUCGCAGCUCGGCUCCUGUUCGAGUGGCUGUUCGGCCUGUCAGCCGCGCGGUGAUGCUGACGGCCCCAAGCAGUGCUCAGACUAGUUCUUUUCUGGGAGAGGCGACCCUUGCUGCGCCCUCUUCGGGCAUGAAGUGGACCAUGAUGCGUCAUGGCAACCGGGUGAAGCACCUAGGCCGGCCGGCAGACCAGCGGAAGGCACUCAUUCGGUCGCUGGUCACCGAGGUUAUUCGCCAUGGCGCCAUCCGCACGACCAAGGUGAAGGCUAUGGUCAUCCGCAAAUAUGUUGACCACAUGAUUACUCUGGCAAAGGACGGCUCGCUGCACGCGCGUCGCCAGGCCAUAGGGUUUCUGUACGACAAGGAGCUUGUGGCAAACCUCUUUGAGAAUGCUCCAGACCGGUACGCUGAGCGGCCAGGCGGCUACACCCGCGUGAAGACGGACCCGGUGCUUCGCCGCGGCGAUGCUACCGAGAUGGCUGUGAUUGAGCUGGUGUAAGAGCGCCCUUUUUCUCCUCCAUGGAUAGCGAUAGCAGCGGCACGAGCGGCUGGAGCGACGGCCUCUCCCGGAACGCAACGAGACAAAAGGUGGCACAAGCGUUUGGUGCUGUUGGACCGGGAGCCUAACCAGCUGAGGGAAGCUGUUUCAGUGGGGCCAGUGCGUGAUGCGUUUUGGGAACCCGGAUGGUCUGCGUGCAACGAGGAAGCUGAAGGUAGCUGGGCCCUUAAAUGGGGGAAAGAUGGGUUGCGCAUUUUGAAGGUUGAUGUGGAGCAAGCCACAGGUCGGGGAAGGGAGGUAUCGUCAUUAGAAGAGGCGCACAAGGUUUUCGGUCACUGCGUGCUGGGGGAAGAUAUGCGGUAGCGCACAGCACGUGUCUAUGGUCCCCACAUAUUCUCUGGAUGGCUGGAUUGAAUGAUGAGCUUGCCGGCAAUUUUGUUGUUGCUCAUGCUGGGCAAAGCCGGGAAAUUAUGUCCAGCUUUCACACAGAGAGGAUCCUUCUCCUUCACCCCUUUUGAGGAUAUCUUGCUGUUGAAGGGUUUCAACGGAAAUCGGGUGCGCUGCAUGGCACUAUUUUUCUACUUGGAGCUGCGGCCGGGAGUAUCAAUCCUGUCUGAGACCUCAUGUGGACGUCCUGUCGUUAAGGCGGCGGCUAUAUAGGACUUAUGAAUUUGAGGAUCAUCAUAUGCGGCGUGUCUCAUCGCGCCCAUCGCCGCGCAUUUUUGCUUCUGCUUUUCUCGUUGUGGCACAUCCAGAUGAGCCGGUGCGCGCGGGCUUUCGCCCCUGCGGGAGGUAGAGAGUCCUGGACGCGUCCAUGGAUGUGGGUGGUGUAGGGAACUCUUGCCCGGUUAAACGGACUUGAUCGCGGUCUGGUUCGUGCCUGUUUUGCUCGACUUGCUCUCCACUUCACCAAGUAUUCAGGAGGUUAACCUGCUGGCAGGCACUACCAUACCCUAUGGCUCUAGAGUGGAUGUGACCGGACUGGACUUGACUGAAUUGAGCUGGCGUUUAGCAAUGGGAAAAACAAAGCGAUCAUGUUGUGCGGACAAGUGCGUGCGUGCGAAAGCACACAUGUGCAAUUACGAUGGUGAUGUCGUCAGGCUGUAACCUCAGCUUCAGCGUUUUUUCUGUCGCGAAGCUCUGCUGGCGCGGUGUGUACCGUGCUGCGUAAGGUGCGUAUCCGUGAGUGCUUGUGCAGGAAAAGAUCGUCCGCGACGGGUUUUGUGUACGGUGGUGGAAGUCCAGCAUCCUCAAUCCUCUUUCCCCGCCCUCUUUGUAAUGGGUACCAACAG